AUGGAAGUUGACAAUAUAGCUGUAAUAGAGACUAUUAGUGACACAGCCCAUAAAAAACAAUCAAGUCCUUUGACUACCUUAAAGAAGAAAAAAGAUAUUUGCCACACAAGUGAAAUAAUUGACUUGAGUUUUGAUGACAAUGUUGAGGACAACAUGACAGUUUCAAAUGUUGGGAAUUUAGGUGCACAUGUGAAUGAUAUUAGUGAACAAAGAAAAUUGCUUAAAGACUACAGGUCUCAAAAAAGAUCUUCAUGUCCUUCCUCUGAAAGCCCUAUUCCAAUUGAUGAUGAUGAUAUCAUUGUUGAAACAUGUGAGACAAGAGUAACAGAUAUUUCAUCAUCAGAUUCUGAUUCUGAUAGCUUACCAUCAAUACUUCCAUCACUGAAUGGAGGUAGCUUAUCAAACACUGACUCCCAAGACAUGCUAUUAAACAGUGAAGACAGUCAAACAGUUGUACCAAAGAAAAAGACAAAAUAUACAUCUGAGGAAGUUCAAAAGAGAAAAGAAGAAGCUAGGUAUAAUAGUAUUUCCCAAAAUGACCAACAGCACGAGGAAACAGAGAUAGGAGAUAGUGAAGAUGAUGAGGAAGAUAGUGAAGAUGAUGAUAGUGAGGAAGAGUGA